CCGGCAAAUGGGCGCAAGGUCCUGGACAUCGAGGCGUACUCCAGCCGCUCCAAAGUGUAUGUGGCAGUGGACGGAACCACCGUGUUGGAGGAUGACAUGCGUGAGCAAGGCAGAGGCAUUCAUGUAAUUGUUCUCAACCAAGCUACACGGGGAAAUUCACUUGUUACAGCAGCAAGCAAGAUACGCAAGUAAAGAAUACAGUGUAAAGAAUACAUAUUGACUACAACAUGGUUCAGGUGGUGCAGGUGUUGUAGAGCCUGACAGCGGUCGCUAUGAAGGACCUGCGGAACCUCUCCUUCUUACACCGUGGGUGUAACAGUCUGCUGCUGAAGGAGCUGCUAAGGGAAACAACAGUGUUUAUUUAUUUAUUAUUAUUAGUUUAUUUAUUGUUUUCCAUAUUUAUCACACUUAUAUGUUUCAGAUCAUCAAACAAAAAUCCAAAGCUAUUAACUGGUUGGGCCACCCUUAGUAGCAGUCAAGCAUUUGCGAUAACUUGCAGUGAGUCUCUUACAGAAUUGUUUUUGCAGAAUUGUUGUCAUUCAGCCACAUUGGAGGGUUUUCCAGCAUGAAGCGCCUUUUUAAGGUCAUGCCACAGCAUCUCAAUAGGAUUCAGGUCAGGACUUUGACUAGGCCGCUCCAAAGUCUUCAGCCAUUCAGAGGUGGACUUGCUGGUGUGUUUUGGAUCAUUGUCCUGCUGCAGAACCCAAGUUGGUUUCAGCUUGAGGUCACCAACAGAUGGCCGGACAUUCUCCUCCAGGAUUUUUUAAGUAGACAGAAGAAUUCAUGGUUCCAUUUACCACAGCAAAUCUUCCAGGUCCUGAAGCAACAAAAUAACCCCAGACCAUCACACUACCACCACCAUAUUUUACGGGUCAUGUGAUGGCCAAGAGGAUAUUUGAUACCUACUCCCCCCACGAGGAUGAAGCCAUGAUCCUCUUCCUCAACAUGGUGACCCGAGGGCGAGUUCUCAUCUUUACCAUUAAGGACGAAGGCACGUUCCACCUGAAGGAUGCUGCUAAAAACCUGCUGAAAGGUCUGGGAAGUCAAGUGUCUCUCAACCUCAGCUGGAGGGACAUGUGGACUCUGGUGGUGAAGAAAGGAGGUCAGGUUUACGGCGAAAAGCAUUCCAAGUCUCCUGCUCUUUCCACCUGGGGUGAUCCAGUGCUUCUUAAAACGGAGGUGCAGCUCACUGCCUCUGAAGAGGCAGAGUGCCUCUGGGCAGAUACGGAGUGGAACAGGCGGAGGAAGCUCUUCUGCAGCAAAGUAGAAGGAUAUGGGAGCAUCUGCAGCUGCAAAGACCCGGCACCCAUUGAAUUCAACCCAGAACCCCUGACCACUAAUCAUGUCUUCAAUGUACCAGUCGCGGUCAUCGCAGGGAACAGACCCAACUAUCUCUACCGGAUGCUUAGGUCUCUCCUUUCAGCUCAUGGUGUUAACCCACAGAUGAUCACAGUCUUCAUUGAUGGGUAUUAUGAGGAGCCGAUGGAUGUGGUGGAGCUGUUUGGACUAAAGGGAGUUCAGCACACGCCAAUCAGCAUCAAGAAUGCUCGGGUAUCCCAGCACUACAAGGCAAGUCUGACUGCAACCUUUAAUCUUCACCCAGAUGCCAAAUAUGCUAUUGUGCUGGAGGAAGAUCUGGACAUCUCCAUUGACUUCUUCAGUUUUCUGAGUCAGACCAUCCACCUGCUGGAUGAGGAUGACAGCCUUUAUUGCAUCUCUGCCUGGAAUGACCAGGGCUAUGAACACACCGCAGAGGAUGCUUCCUUGCUGUACAGAGUGGAGAGCAUGCCUGGCCUGGGCUGGGUCCUGAAAAAGAGUCUCUACAAGGAUGAACUGGAGCCAAAAUGGCCAACACCGGAGAAGCUGUGGGACUGGGACAUGUGGAUGCGGAUGCCAGAGCAGAGGAAAGGCAGGGAGUGUGUCAUCCCGGACGUGUCCCGCUCCUACCACUUUGGCAUCAUCGGCCUCAACAUGAAUGGAUAUUUCCACGAGGUGUAUUUCAAAAAACACAAGUUUAACACGGUGCCUCACGUGCAGCUGAAGAACGUGGACAGCUUAAAGAAGGAUGCCUAUGAAGUGGAAAUCCAAAGCCUGCUUAAGGAGGCAGAGGUGCUGGACCACACCAAGAACCCGUGUGAGGACUCGUUGCUGCCGGACUCCGAGGGGAAAGUCUAUGUCAUGUUCAUUAAGAUGACGUCAGAGACGGACACCUCGACCUGGACUGAGCUCGCUAAGUGCCUUCAUGUUUGGGACCUUGACGUUCGGGGGAAUCACAGAGGCCUGUGGCGACUCUUUAGAAAGAGGAGUCAUGUCCUGGUGGUGGCCGUGCCCAUCUCCCCAUACUCAGUGAAGAAACCUGCCAAUGUCACCCCCAUCCACUUAGAGCCCCUCCCCAAAGAAGAGGGUGCCCCGGCGGAUCAGCUGUAAACCUCACACUCUUGCACUCUCACGCACACACAAAAGGCGUUUGAACCAGCUCGGCCGGGACUUAACAAUUCCUUCAACCACUAACAACAAAGCUUGGGAACUGCAACCUUUUACUUUUUUUUUUAUCAUAAACACAAUUCAGCCAACCCGUAAGUGGAGGAGGAUGACACUCAAUUGACUUUUGGUACUAAGUGACUUUUUCCUAUACUAUUUCCCUGAAAAGUGUGUGAUCUUGUUUGGGUCAUUUGCCUAACAGCAGAGAUAUCUGAAUUUAAAAACUACUGAGUGUACAUACUGUAUGUUUAACUUAUCUCUAUUUAUUUGCCUGUAUCAAUCCAGACCUUUUGCUUUUCAUUUUUUUAUCACAUUUUAUCUGGAUAAGUGCAUUUUUUAAUAGAGAUGAACAAAAUAAUGAUGUAAUGUACAUACAUACAAAUAUAUUUUCAAUAAAAUAGACAGUCUGCAUA